GCAGGUUGGACGAAGAGCUGCUUUCCUACGCCUCGACCGGUGGUGCGGACGAGCAGCGGUCCCAGCGGACGCGACUCUGUCCACACGCGACUGCUGGUACCCGCAGAGCUGCUUUUCAGACUUGUAGGAAGCCUGGGGGGCAGCACUCCAAUGGCAGCCCGCGUCAUCCCCGUGACCUCUCCGAAAAGCGAUACUGAUGAGCAAAACAUCCAGCUCCCCUGCCGCUGCGACGCGCCGCUGAAAGCAAGGAGCGACGAGCCCUGCCCCGUGUACCAGGACAUAACUUUCGACGCCGAGGCAGUCAUAAAAGCCGCGGGCGCCGCGCCGCGCCUCGACGCUAUCAGUUUUAGAAACCACUACGUCGCCUCCAUUAGUGUGAUGCAGCGCCAGGCGCGGCCGGAAGGCCUGGUCUGGGUCCCGGUGCUGCGGGAGAAACACCUCAUGCGCGACGCGCACUGCGAGGACGACGCGCAGGCCACGACGACGCUCGCGACGAGCGACUUCACGAAUUUCGAUUCGGGCCUCUGCGGCGUGGCCGCGGGCGACGACGAAGGCCUGCCGGUCGGCUCGUUACGUUUCCGCCUGAGGCAGCCAAGUCCAACUUGGAGGUCCUACGAACUCAAACAUGUGAAAUGUAUCAUGCGUAAAUAACAUUCGAUGCG